AGUGUCAGGAAAAAAACUUAAUAAAAUGAUCAAGUAGGUAUAAAAUUAAAUAUUUAUUUAUGUUUAAAUGUCAAGAAAAUUUAAAUGUCUUUAGAAAAUGCUGUACCCAUUUAAUUUUGUCAAGCCCUUUCCCCAUUCAGUUACAAGGUUUGCAAUUAAAGCCGGAAUUGCUGCCACAGCUGUUUACUACAUAAAAGAACAAGGAGUAUGGAAACAAAGCGACGAAAGCAUAAAAGCUUAUGAAAAAAUUAAAGAAGUUGCAUGUCCUUAUGUCAAAGAACUAACAUCUCAAAUUCCUUAUGAGCUCCCAAAACUGCCAGAAAGUGAUGUAGCCUCCUCAAUAGUUAAAGAAAGUUGGAAUAAAGGUGUUUUAGUUACUUUCAAAUUCUUAUCUGAUCUGCCUGACACUACCAGAGAAUUAACAGCUAAAGGUAUUGAUGCAAUAAAACAAAAUGAAGAGGUUAAAAAGCUUUUAAAUUCGUCUUCAUGAUUUGAAAGAAAUCAUGGUUAUUGUGUUAGAUAAUUUAUUAAUAAACAAUUUCUCC